UAAUCGAUUUUGCCGACUGUGCAGCUGUCGGAGCAGCAAAGGGAAAACAGAUUCUACAGGACAAGUUGAAGUUGCAAACUUCGCCAACAACAACAAUAACAACAGCAACAACAACGAUUGUAACUACAUUAGCAACAACAACAACAACAACAAUAACAAUUGUAACAAAGUAACUGAAGAUUCAAACGUAGAAAAAAAUCGUAUCUUUGACUGCUUUGGCAAGAGGGAGCAACAGCAGCAGGAGGAGUCGGAGCAGCAGCAGCCGGCGGAGACGACAAAUACACAUCACCUGAGACAGAGCACCAGUUCGGGCAGCUACAACGUGCAACAGUUAAGCGCCAUAGCGUGUCGCAGUGACAGCAAAAGCUACUACAGGCAACAGGACACAGAGUUUGGCCAACAGCAGCAGCAGCAGCAGGAGCAACAGGAGCAGCGGGAGCAGCAGAGACAGAAGCUAAUCAAAUCAGGAGUUGCUGUUAUAGCCAAGCAACCGAAACGUCAAGCGCAACGUUCACAGAGCCAGCCGGCAUUCUUGCAGCAACAGCAACUCAAUCGCAACAAGCGUCCCGGUACACCGCCCCCGCACGCCGUUAAGAGCAUGACUUCCAUACCUGCCACGCUGUCCAGCAAUAAUGUUGCAGCAGCAGCUGCAGCUGCAGCAGCCGGCUUGGGCGUUACGGCGCCGGAGAAACAGCCCUGGCCCAAUUCCAAGGACGACUACGAGCUGAGGGAUGUCAUUGGCGUGGGCGCCACGGCGGUGGUGCAUGGCGCCUACUGCAUACCGAAGAACGAGAAGUGCGCCAUCAAGCGCAUCAAUCUGGAGAAAUGGAAUACCUCAAUGGAUGAGCUGCUCAAGGAGAUACAGGCGAUGUCCUCGUGCAAUCACGAGAAUGUCGUCACCUAUCACACAUCGUUUGUGGUGCGUGAGGAGCUGUGGUUGGUCCUGCGCCUGCUCGAGGGCGGCUCAUUGCUGGACAUCAUUAAACACAAGAUGCGCACGGCCAAUUGCAAGCAGGGCGUCUUCGAUGAGGCAACCAUUGCCACAGUGCUCAAGGAGGUGCUCAAGGGUCUGGAGUAUUUCCACUCGAACGGACAGAUCCAUCGGGACAUCAAGGCGGGCAACAUACUCAUCGGCGACGAUGGCACCAUACAAAUUGCUGACUUCGGGGUUAGCGCUUGGUUGGCCACUGGCCGAGAUCUGUCCCGGCAGAAGGUGCGUCACACAUUCGUGGGCACACCUUGUUGGAUGGCACCGGAGGUGAUGGAACAGGAUCAUGGCUAUGACUUCAAGGCGGACAUCUGGUCGUUUGGCAUUACGGCCAUUGAGAUGGCAACGGGCACGGCGCCCUAUCACAAAUAUCCACCGAUGAAGGUCCUGAUGCUGACGCUGCAGAAUGAACCGCCCACACUGGAUACGGGCGCCGAGGAUAAGGAUCAGUAUAAGGCCUAUGGCAAGACAUUCCGUAAAAUGAUCGUUGAGUGCCUGCAAAAGGAGCCAUCGAAACGUCCGACUGCCAGCGAGCUGCUCAAGCACGCCUUCUUCAAGAAGGCCAAGGAUCGUAAAUAUCUAACACAAACCCUGCUCCAAUCCGGCCCCAGCAUGGAGACGCGCGUCCACAAGGCAGCUAAACGUCAGCCGGGCGCAUCUGGGCGUUUGCAUCGAACGGUCACCGGCGAGUGGGUGUGGUCCAGUGAGGAGGAGGACAAUGCCAGCGGCACUGGCGGACGCAAGCAUCCCUCAUCCGAUUCCGAGUCCGAGGAUCGUCCCAUCAAUCGACUCGAACGUGCCGAUUCCUCGGACAGCGAUCGGGAUGAGACAACACCCGAAAUAACACGCAGCCUAUCCUCGACUACAAUGACGCCAGGUGGCACUGCACCUGCACCUGGAUCUGCACCUGCUUCUGCUAAUGCUGCAACAGCAGCUGCCACCCAGGAGCUGGCGGCUGGUGUAGCCCAAAUGCCACUGCCCAGCGAAGCGGCUGGCGAGGCGCCACCCGUGAAUCUGGUGUUGCGCAUGCGCAAUCUGCGGCGCGAGCUGCACGAUAUACGCUUUGAGUUCGCCGUGGGCAAGGAUACGGCGGAGGGUAUUGCAACGGAAUUGGUGGAUGCGGGCCUGGUGGAUGCAUUGGAUACACAACCGAUGGCCGUGCAUCUGGAUCAGCUGAUUGCCCAAUGCGAGACGAUGAAGACAAUAACGUUCCAGCUGAGCUCGGGCGUUCAGCCGGGCGAGACGCCCGACGAACGUUCCCUUGUGGGCUAUGCGCAGAUAUCUAUAACGGACUAGGAUACGGUCACAUAUCCACCUUAAUAUCCUCCCCCACGGUCACUUACCGUUAUGUUGCCUGCGCCGCUUUUAGCUAUAUAGACUAGAAACUAGACUAUAACUGUAAAUGCUAAUGCUAGUUAUAGAUCGCAAAAAAAACGCAAGCCGUUCGUUUACUAUAGAAAUUAUAUUUGCCUAUAUCAUACUAUCUGUCUCUCUCUCGCUCACUCUCUUCCACUUCGUCGCUAUCUCCCUCUUUUUAACACUAUCUUUUUAUCUAUCUCUAUCUCGCUCUGCGCAUUGUAAUUACUUCAUAGACCCCCUUCGCAGUCCUACCUCCCGAGUAAAAAGAAGAGAAAUACCUGCCGUAGUUAGUCGCAGCAUCCAAGCUAAAUCGAAAAUCGUGUACUUAUUCGUUAUUGUUUCUGCAUAUAUAGAAAGUUUAUAUAUAUAUAAUAUAUAUUACAAUC